AUGCAGAAAACAGGUGCUGGCAAAAAGGUGGGGGCAUUGGUCACUGUUCAUUUGUCACCACCCCACCACUCUCUCACUUCUCUUGCUCGUUCUUUCUCUUCAUUUCCCUCACGGGCAGAGAGCCAUCUCACAACUCCCACCCUCUCGCUUCUAUUCCCCCACUCUCCACUGUCCACCAUCGUUCUCCACCCAUCCUCUUCCUCAAUUCCCGAGCUCCACCUCACCACAGCAAACCACCAGCCGAUGUCACCCUCAGCUGAUCCUUCGGCCACCACCCUCUCCCAACUCCAGCAAACUCAAAUCGGAGCCAUCAAACCCCUCCAUCCUCUCCGUCAACUCCACCAUCCUCUUCGGCGACACCAGCAGCAGAACUCCGGCACCUCUCGGGUUCUAGGACGGCUAGCAGCAGUUGCAGGAACACCCCCAACGAACCACCAACUCCGGCGUCUCCUCUCAGUUCUCACUCACCCCAGCAAUCAUCAUCGGCUCCUAUCAUCAGCCCCGGCGACCUCACUGGUUGAUUGAAUUGUUGGCUAAUCGAGCGUGAGGCAUCGCUUCGAGAGGAGGGCUCCAUCCUACUUGAAAGAGUGUGUAAAUGGUUUGCUUUGCCCAGUUAAGGAAGUGGUAUAGUGAAAUCUUUGGGUGGUUUAACUAAGACGAGGAUGUAGGCAGGUAUAGCCGAAUCUCGUAAAAUCUUGAUGUCUUUCUCUUGCCUAAAUCUUUUAAUUUUAUGCAUUUAUAAAUUGUGUAGAUGCUUAUUUAAUUGCUGGAAAUUAAUUUGUUAAAGGGGGUACAUUGAUUGAUAAAUAUCAAAGUUUGCGGAAACCUUAAAGGGAUUACGUUGAUUGAUAAAUAUUAAAGUUUGCGGAAA